AUGGUGCUUUCUGAUUGGAACCUCAGUUUUGGCGCUGGUGGCCGUCUUCUCGGGCGUGCACAGCUCGUUUCCACAGAUUCCAAAUUUGCCAUUGUGCCCUUCAGGUCACAGAUCAAAGUUUACUCCCUGGCCACCCGUCAGUCAGUGCGUAGCAUUAGACUCGACCUGGAUCUUUCUCUGGUGGUGGAUGCUACUCUCAGCGCCCAGGAUCCAAACCUUAUGUAUCUGUUUACGAGGACCAACAGUGUGGUUGUUGUCAACUGGAGAGAAAAGCUGAUUUCGCCGGUGGUUGCCACCUACAACUUACAGCUGCCUGCCGAAAUCGUGAGGUUUGUGCGAUUUGGAGCCUCUGAGAACGAGUAUUAUUUUAUCAUUGGCAAGUCCACCGCAAAAAACCAACCACAUAGUCGCACUUUGUUGAGAUCCACUAAUGACUCUCAAAUUCAGGAGAUAUCGACUCUUAAAAACGUGGUGCUUUUUGCCAUGUCCGUUGACAGAAGCACAAUUGCAUACCUCACCAAUAGAAACCAGUUAUACUUCCAGUCCGGAGACGGUCCUCUCGAGAUGAUCCAAUUUGCCUACAAGACACCUAUUACCUCCUUGGCCGUCUCCAAUGCAGAGACCCCGAUGAUCGCUCUCGGAACCUCAUCAGGCAUUAUUCAGCUUAUCUUUGUUUCAGAUAAUACCAGACCCCAGCGGCUGCUCAAGUGGCAUAUUGGUCAGAUCAACUGCGUUGAAUUUAGCACAAACGGUGCUUAUCUGUUAUCUGGAGGUCAAGAAAAAGUUCUUGUCUUUUGGCACCUGGAAUCGGAUAAUCAGCAGUUCCUGCCUCGUUUGAAUGGAGAAAUUGUGGAUAUUGAGCUUUCUGCCUCAACAGAAGAAUUGUAUGGCGUUAGUUUGCUCUUGAACGGCUCCGAUAGAGAGUUUUUGGUUCUAAGUGCGGUAGACUUGACUUCCAGAUUGAACGUCAAUGGUGUGCGCCCUAAAUUUGCAACACAUAUUGAAACCAUUGAAAAAGACCGUCGGCGACUCGCAAAGAGCAGCGUCGUGUUGGAUGAGGACACUCUGACAAAAAUCAAACACGAUUUCUCUUCUCACUUUGAGGUGCAUCCUGUUUCCAAUCAUUGCUACUUUCCCUAUGGAGCACAUCUCCAGUCGUACGAUUUUAUCAGGAACGAGCAAAUCUCGGUCAUCACCGCUGCACCAACAAUCCAGGCAGGUAAGGUCCGGAGCGAGACAUCAAUUCAGGAUCCAGAAAUUGAGCAGUUUGCCUUCAGCUGCGACGGAAAAUGGAUGUGCACAUUUGACAAAUUGCAGCCUCCAGAAAUUGACAACCUGCUUUCUCGCAACGACGUUCAAUACGCCUUGAAAUUUUGGAGCUAUGUGGACGGUAAAGAUCGAGGUGGCUGGUCAUUGUCGACAAAGAUUAUCAAUCCUCAUGGACCAGGGGUUGACGUGGCGGCGGUGGCUCCAGCGCCACCAUCUUACAACGAUGGUCUGGCGUUCGUAACUGCUGACGUCAAGGGGGGCCUGCGUCUCUGGAGACCACGGGUGCCAAAAGAAAUAUACCAGAAAGUUGGAAAGGACAAGAAACUACAGCAAACCGCAUGGACUCUGCGUAAAGUUCGCAACGGAAACGAGCGCACGGAUGCUCAAAACGUUAGCAUCUGCUGGUCGCCAGACGCAUCAGUGAUUGCUACUGGCCAAGAGAUGAACAUUAGUCUCAUUGAUGUGAACACGUUCGAGGAGACACCAGUUCAACUCCCAUCUAUUGCCGGCUCCAGGGUGCGGUGUCUGAAAAUUAUCGACGAGUAUCUGGUGAUACUUGCCCGAGACAGACUGGUCUCGUUUGAUCUGCUCACGUUCCGGGCCACAGACCUUGCCGUGAAAGUCCACACCCAGCCUGGAAGUCGCAAUUUGUUGGCUGUUGACGAAACCCGAGGAGUUUUCUGCUUUUGCGUGAAUUACUAUACAAAGAGUUACAAUUUGAGAUCUCGAAUUUUUGUGUUCGAGCCAUCAAAAUUGCAGCCGCUCUACGUUUCCGACCAUGACACCGGUAUAUCCAGUGUACGGUUUGCCCCCGGAAUGUCCUCAUUUGUCAUAGUUGAUACUGACUCGCGCAUAGGAACACUGGGCGCAGGUGUUUCCACUAUGCAAGAGCAGAAAGAACUUGACCGCGCGUACGAGCUCAGCGCCCUCCUCAACAAUGCCAAACAAAUGGCAUCCAUUAGGAAAACCGAGUCAGAAGCAGAGAACGAGAGAAAAGUGCUCAACUCGCAAAUCUUUGAGCCAAUUCUUGAUAAUUUGGAAGGACUUCCGCUCGAGGCCCUAUUUGAUAGAGUGAUGAAAAUUAUUGUGUAA